GACAACGCCGCGCUCGCCGUCUCGGCCGGCGCGGCCAUGUUCUACUGGACCAAGAUCCGCUCGCCGCCCAGCGUGGGGCGCAUGGCCGUCAAGACGGCGGCCACGGCACUCCUCGCGGCCGCGGCGUCGCUGCGCGGUGGCAGCCAGCACCUCGUCGGGGCGCUGGCGCUCGGCGCGGCGGGCGACGCGUUUCUAUCCUGGGACGGCGACGCGGCGUUCCUGGGCGGGCUGACGAGCUUCCUGGUCGGCCACACGCUGUACAUGUUCGAGUUCGCGCACGCGCACGCGGCCGGGUUCAACGGCAUCCGCCUGCUCGACGGCGGGCGCGAAAUUGCCGCGCUCGUGCUGGCGGGGCUCGUCGCCAUUAUGAUGCUGGUGCUGCCGCCGCGCGUCGCCACCGGCCUCGGCGUGCCCGUCUUCAUCUACGCCGUCGCCAUCUUCUUCAUGGACCUCACCGCGCUCGCCACCAACAACAACCAGGUCAUGGCCGGCGCUCUCAUGUUCACUGGAUCCGACGCACUCCUCGCUGUCGACAGGUUUUUGGUCGCGCCUGCGUCGCCCCACCGCCCGUGGAUGCAGAAGGCCGUGUGGGUCCUGUACUACACCGGCCAGCUGCUGAUGGCCGUU